AUGAGAUUGGGCGCGCGUAUAAUCGGGCUUAUGCUCGUGGCUGCCGCUGUCGCGUCUGUGCAGCUGGAGGCGUUAAAGGAGAUGAAAGAGUGUAAGAAAGCAGUGCUAGCCUCAUUAUUGAAACCUCUUCUUGCCGCGAAGCUCGAGAAAAAAGAGCCACCAUGUAGUAAAUGUGGUGCACCGCCGCCGCCUCCGCCGACGCUAGUUCUGAUGCCCGCAGCACCUCCACCGGGCUGCCUCCCACCGGCGCCGCCUCCACUGAUUCUGCCACCACCGCCGCCACAGCUGCCGUCACUGCCACCGAUCAUAUUAUCCGCAUCACCACCUCCUUGCUUACCGCCCCAACCGCCUCUUAUUCUCCCCGCACCGGCACCCGCACCCAUUUUCCUACCUGCACCUCCUCCAGCACCUCUCUUCUUACCUGCACCUCCGCCAGCGCCUCUCUUCUUACCUGCACCCCCACCCGCGCCUCUCUUCUUACCUGCACCCCCUCCGGCACCUAUAUAUUUACCCGCCCCUCCCCCUUCACCUCUUUGCUUGCCCCCACCGUUGCCGCCAGCUCCUUCGCCCCUGGUAAUAUCUUUGGUUCCCCCACCACCACCGCCUUGUUGCGCCCCACCGCCGCCAGGUAUACCCAUGACGGCCUUCAUGGUCCCACCACCUGUUCCCGUAACGCUAGAGCCGAAACCCUUGGAACUGCCACCCCCAUGCUCUUGCGGGUGCCAUUACUGC